AUGGCCGACGUCGACACUCCUCCUGCCACUGAUGGCGCCCACAAGCGACCCGAGAAGCCCGACGAAGCCAAGUUCAAGGAGGACCUUGCGAAGGCCGAAAAAGACCACGAGGCUGCCCAAGCCCGCUUUAAUGCCAUCCGAGCCAAGCUAGACAGCGCCCGUCCUGGAAAAUCAACUCCCGCCAACGAUCGCUUCAAAGAACUGGUUGAAGAACAAAAGUCCAUCCGUCAGAAGCAGCAGGAACACAAGGCGGCCAAAGCCGGGCAACAGGAAAAGUUCAACCAGAACGAUGCCUUGAUCAAGAAGCUAUUUGCCGAGCAAAAGGAAGCUCGCAACCGAGCCGGAUUCAAGAGCCCCGAGGAGAUCGAUGCCAAGAUCGACAGUAUCACCAAGCAAGUCGACUCGGGCCACAUGAAAUUGGUGGACGAGAAGAAGGCGCUCGCUGAGAUCUCUGCCCUUCGCCGCCAAAAAAAGGGCUUCGUCGGCCUGGACGACUUGCAAAAGAAGAUCGACGAGAAGAAGGCGGAAAAUGCCGAACUCAAGAAAUCGUUUGACAACCCCGAGUCCCGUGCCUUGUCCCAGAAGUUUGAAGACAAUCAGAAAGAGCUCGACGAAAUCAAGGCUGCACGCGAAGACACCAACAAAAACUACGACACCUUGAAGGCAGAGCGCGACCGCUUGUACGAGGAACAGCAGGCAACCUAUGCAGCCAUCAGGAAGGUCAAGGACGACUACUAUGCCCAGAGAAAGGCUUACAAGGAGUACGAAGACAUGAUCUACCAGCAACGGAGAGAACGACAAAAGGCUGAGCGUGACGCGUACGAGAAGGAGAAGCGCCGCCGCAUCGCUGAGCAGAAGCUCGAGGAAGCCUCCGAACCCGCUUUCUUGGACCAAAUCCGCACCGCUGAAGGACUGAUCCGCCACUUCGAUCCGACCUACCACACCGACGAAGGCGACAAAGGUCCCGGCCAAUUUGCGGCCACUGCUCAACGAACCGUCGACGAAUCCGGCUUCAAGGGCAUGAAAGUGAUGAGAAAGGAGGACGAAGACUUCUUCGUCGGCAGUGGCGGCAAGAAGAAAGGCAAGGGCAAGAAGGGAGCCGCCGCCCCCGCCGACUCGGGCAAACUCAACAUGAACAUUGGUAUCAUUGAGGAACUAGCCAAAGUCGGAGUCGACCCGCCAAGCACACAGACCGAUGUCCCUGCUGUGGUUGAGAAGCUCAAGGAGAAACUGGCCGCCUGGAAGAAGGACCAGGACACGCAAACCCGAAAGAAUAUUGAAAAAGCGAAGAAGGAAAUCGAAAAGCUCGAACAAGAGGCCCUCGACGCCUCCAACGCAACUCCCUCGACAAGUGCCCGAAACGGUCGUCACAAUCACGCAAAGAAGGUGGCCGCCAAGGAUGUGGGCGUGAACGGACCCGUCUCGGCCGAGGGUGAGUUGGCUCAGGAGAAAGACGCCGUGGCCGACGUGAGCAAGGAGCUCCAGGAAGCCAAGAUUGAGGACAAGGAGAACGAGGCGGUCGAAGCGUCACAGUGA